CCCUUUAUAGACAAAAUCCACAUCCACAGAGAAACUAACACUGUUUGAAGACAGUAGCCUACUGAAAUGUAUCGUUAUGUCGUUAGACAGAAUCCAGCGAUCUGCCUUAAUCUUUCCAGUCGCAUAUCAGCCUGUUAUCUGGUUUCUAACAGCCAAGAUGUAAUCUCCUACGAUGAACUCAAGGCUCUCCAAAAGAAGAGUUCCAGUCUUCUGGUAAUCGAUGUGCGCUCCAAAGAGGAGGUGGAUAAAGGGGCUAUUCCGGGAACCAUAAAUAUUCCUGUGGACACCGUAGAGACCGAAUUGAGCCUGGACCCAGAAGCUUUCCAGGCGAAAUUUGGGGUCCGGAAACCGACACCUGAUGCUCCAGAUUUGGUUUUCCACUGUCAGAUGGGUCGGCGUGGAGGGGCUGCGACAGAAAAGGCGCGGAGCCUUGGAUUCAAAAAUGCCCGCAACUAUGCUGGUGGGUACAAAGAGUGGUCCGAGAAGGGGGGGAAAUAAAUGGAGCAGCUAAAAUCAACAUUGUUAUCUGUACUGUAAUGAAGAACAAAAAGCACUGAGCAUAUUAAUGAUGCUGUUAUCAUUUUUUGCUAUUUUAUAUUUGUCAAUGUGGAAUCACUCCAAACACAUAAAAUAAAAGCUUUGAGAAGUAUAUUUA